UAUAAAGAUUGUAACGUAAGACAAUGUAAACAUAACCUGUAAUUACCCGUAUAAAACCUAAUUUACAUCCUGGUACAUUGAUCCACUUUAUUUAUAUCGAGUUGCUCAAAUGUCGAUAAGCACUGGAUAUGUUCAUUUAACAUUGCAAAGUACAGGGAUACUAAAGUCUCAAUUGGUCCAGGUGUGGAACAUUUGCAUGUCAAAAUACCAAACACAAAGACGUACACCUGCAGGUCAUGAAUGAAACGAAAGCUAACACUUGCUACAAAGGCACACAAGAAGGUCACAUAGUUUCUCGGACUUCAGAUGAUAAAGAUGAAACACGUGUUAAAGAAAAUGGUUCAAGCACAGAACGAUGUACGCGAAGAUGCUCCAGGAAUCAUUACGUGAAAAUGUUCGAUGACACCGGUGAUAGAUAUCAAACAGCUAACAAUAGGCUAUUAUGUUGUAAUUGUGACUCAGGAAGGCCGAACCAAAUAGGAGCAUGCACUCCCGAUUAUAUACAUCAAAAUACAGACAGUUUCACCGAAAAUAGUCUUUCUGAAGGGAAUCUGUAUGAAAGUGUGAAACAUGUAUCACAUCAACAUCCUUUCACGCAAACGUGUACAAGUUGUUCAGUUCCUAUUGACGGUUCUGGCUAUUUACACCCUGUUUCACAAAUUCAAAGCAAACACGAAAAUGAAUUGGUACAUUUAAACAGCAACAGAAAUUGUUGUCGUUCUUCCAGCAAUAAAGGUAAAAGGAAUGACUUUCAAAAUGUUACAAUUGAUUCGGGUUAUGCAUAUAUGGACCACUUUACAAGAAGUAUUUCGUUACGUCAACUAAAAGGAUGGCGCAUUAUGAAUAUGAAUAAAUACAAGUUUUUCCGCCGAGGAUUUUAUAUUCUGUCGGUGUUAAAUUUAAUAUUUUUGCUACUAAACGUGGUCGGACUUUCAUAUUUGGUUUCUGCUAUGGAAACACAAAAAGAUAAUAAUGUACAAGAAUUCAAUACCUGUUUUGAAUGUGACGUAUUCCAUACUUUGACAAAUCAAGAUAUGAAAGAUUUGGGAAUCAUUAAGUAUACAGGUGGACAAUGUUGUGUAAAAGCCCUUAAGGACCUUUUGGUUGUGCUUGUUAAGGGUUGGCCCAGUCAGCAAGGCGUGGAGAGAAACUACAAACUUAUCAACACAUUAUUGACACGUCGUCGUUCAGCCAUUCAAUUGUCGGGAUUUGGUUGUCUUAUCAGUCGGACAAAAGACAGUGAACUAACAGGACGUGAGACAGCUUUUACAGGACACAAAAUGAGAGCAGAUUUUUUGACAUCCUUUCUUAUUGCAACCUAUAUGGCAGUUGGUUAUUCACAAACCCUACUGCGUUGUCGUUCUUGUACAAGGGCAAGUGACCUUUCUGACUGUAACCAUUUAGCAGCCUGUGACGCGACUCUCGAGGAUUGUUAUUUAGAACAGAUUUUCACAGACCAGCAUACAGUGGAGUUCAAUGGAGGUUGUAGGUCUAAAAAUCUUUGUGCACAGACAUCCACUUCCAAUUCUGUCGGAAAGAAGAGAGCAACGGUUGGCUGUUCAAGUUGUUGUAACUCAGGAGAUGAUUGUAACAAACGACUAUGUGGAAUAAAGGACCCUGCAAUACAAUCAUCUGAGUGUUACAUGUGUGACCAUCGAUCAUCUGAGCAGUCUGAAGUAAGGGAUCCAGCAAAAUGUGUAACGCUUGGAUAUUGUCAGGCAAAUGAGGUGUGUUAUGCUACUCAGAGUGAUUUUGGUGGUCAUGACGAGUUUUACUACGGCUGCCGAAGUAAGCUGAUAUGUCAAAUCUUGAUGGAAAAGGCUUACGAGGAUUAUAAGAUUUGCGUUGCAAAUGUUACCCUUCCGCCAUCCGGAUCGAGUUGGGGCUCCUAUUGUGGCAACGUAGGUAAACGAUCCACCUCACUCUGUCAUUCUUGUUGUGCAGAUGGUGGUUGUAACUACGGUUCUUGUCAAAGCGUAAAUGAUCGCAUUUUCAGGCUCGCAUUGCAAGGGAAGUUUGAUAUGAAAACAUUAAAAGUUAUUCCUUAGGAAGAACUCAAGCUGUCGUUGAUGUGUUUACCAGAAAUUUGCUGCAUUAAAUAGAUAUAAGACAAAAUGUGUCGUUUUGUUUUUGG